AUGGAGAAUGUAACCGCAGAAACAAGGGACGGUUUCGACGAGAAAGUCGACGGUUUGGUUGACACCGACGAGGAAGUCGAUCGUGACGUUGAUCGUGACGUUGAUCGUGACGUCGAUUCCCGUUUAGAAGAAGUCGCGGGUCCCGAGUUAGAAACUGGCGUAUUGGAUUCUUUCCAGAAUGACUUAGAAGGGGUUGUUGAAGCUGGCGAUGCAGCACGAAUUGAUGACGAGGAAGAACAAGUUACUAUUAAUACUGAAGACGGAAAGGUCAUCGCUAAGAACCCUAAAAAGAGGGAGCAAUUCCAGCAUAUCGCUUUGACACUCUGGGAUACUUCCGACGAACACCGUUUGGAACUUAGCAGAAUGAAGACACGUUAUAAAUGGAUUGGAGUUGCCGAAGGAAAGGAGAAAUGUCCUGAAUCGGGUAGAUGGCAUUUACACGUGUACAUACAGACUCAUUGGAGGAAGAGGAAGAGGAUUACGGAUAUAAGGAAGUGGUUUGAGGCGACAGAAGCCGAAGUGCAAUGGCCUGGAGGAGUAUGGGUAGGAAAGGUCCAGUGUAAAAGGGAGUACUUUGCCUACUUAAAGAAGGACGGAGACUGGAAUAAAACUGGAGAUAUAUUUACAGAUGACAAUCGCAAGGGGGCACGCAAUGAUCACCAUGACCUUCGAUAUUAUGCUAUCCAGGAAGAAGGGAUUCAUUCACUUAAGGAAUUAAGGAGGCGGUUUCCCAACCAAAUGUCCAGGUCCGAGACUUUUGCGAGACAGCUAAUCAACGAUAUCACACCGAUACGCCCUCCGGAAGCCAUUGCCGUUGAAUACCUUUGGCAGAAAGAGCUGAGAUGUAAACUCGCACAACCAGACAAUGGCCGCGAGAUCAUCACGAUCCACAGCUCGCAAACUCGUCAGGGGAAAUCGGUCAUGAUGGAUCACCUUGAAUACGAGUACAACGAGCGCGAAGAGGGAUCCUGUUUGAUUAUGGCGGAUGGCAAGGCAAAUGAUAUGAAGAAUACUAUCAAGGACUUCAGACAUACCUUGAAAUUAUUGAUAAUCGACAUCUCCAAGGCAAAGGAGACAAGGGGAAAUCCCGAUCAAUACCGGAUUGGAAUGUUUCAAAUGCUUGAACAGAUCAAGAACGGGCGGUUCUUUUCCGGCAAGGGCAUGCUGACCGAGAUUGUUCGAUUCACACACAAGGUUAAAAUAGUGGUGUGCAGAAAUGAUAUGCAUAAGCCUGGGAUGCUAUACGGGGAGGAGAGAGAGGCAUACAUGACCAUGAACCGAAACACAUGGGAAUGGGUGUCUCCUAGGAAUCUAAGGACGCGGUGGAACGCUUUAAAUCCUGAUGAUCAAGUUCUCAUCGACGACGAGGACUACGACGACGAGGGUUGGUUUGUUGAGUAUAAUGGCAAAAAGAAAAUCGAUCACGGAAAAUGGUUUAAAGGGAGGACUGUCGAAAAACAACUGGAAGAGGAGGAGAGGGUACGGGAAAGGAAGGUUAUCAACGACGCCAGGCGUUUGGUUUACCUGAAGAAAAAGUAUACACGGUUGAGGAUCGCUGCAUGGAUCUGGCAAAGGCUUAAACCUGUCGAAGAGGAGGAGGAGGAAGAGGAGGAGGAGGAGGUUGAACCUGAACAGAUUGAAGCUGCAGAGGAAGAAAUGGAAAUGGUUGAGGUACUCCGGUCUGUCAACAGAGUUAGGGUUAACGUCCUACGGUCUAAUCACAAGAAGGGGCAGCGCAUACUGAAAAGAAAAAGAGCAUUGAUGGAGGAGGAUGCUGCAUUCAACGACAACAAGAGGAGGUAUGACAGCCAUAAUUACUAG